AUGAAUUUCUGGCUGUUCAUGGUCUUGAUCUUCUUCGCGCCUCUCGUGAUUUUCCUGGUUUUCCUUGCUCUUUCAUCCUGCCUGGGGGACAGUCUACGAGCCCACUUUGCGGGCUUUCCGAUAAGGCCUCGCAUAGAUUCGUACGACCGGAACUACCUUCGUACCAUGACAAAUAGCGGCCCUGCGAUGUCCGAGGAAAUUGAAUUGGAAGAAAUGCUCAGAGAACCGGAAUAUGACGAGGAGCACGAUAGAUAA